UAUUCGUAAUUCAUAAUAACAAUUAAAUUGCAUACGCUGUGGAGGAAUUAUGGAACGAAGUGAAAGGCAGAGGAUGGCAAAGCCCGAAGUAGAACCUACGCAAAUAAUCCCGGAGGAAUAUUUGGAGUGCCUGCGCAAAAAUUUUGGGCUCGAAACAUUUCGUCCGCUACAGUGGGAAGUCAUUCGCUCUAUUUUAGUGGAGCAGCGCGAUGUUUGUGCCAUUAUGGCGACUGGCUAUGGCAAGUCCCUUACCUAUCAAUUUCCAGCUGUCUACCUCGAUAAGGUGGUGCUCGUUAUAUCGCCGUUGAUUGCCUUAAUGGAGGAUCAAGUUCAGGGACUGAAUUCUAAGCACGAGCGUGCCUGUUUAUUGGGCACCGCACAGGAGGAUCCAGGGAUAAAGGUGCGCAUAAUGGCAAUGGAAUUCAGAAUAAUAUACGCCACACCAGAGUAUCUAACAACUGGUAACGGCCAGAAGCUGCUAUACGAUUUGGGCGACAACCUAGCCCUGAUCGCCAUAGAUGAGGCGCACUGCAUCUCCCGAUGGGGCCAUGAAUUUCGACCCGCCUUUCGAGAGCUGUCUGAGUUGCGAUCCACUGUGCCCCAUGUUCAAAUUUUAGCUCUCACCGCAACGGCGACUCACCAAGUGCGUCGGGAUAUUUGCGAGCAACUGAGUAUGCGCAACCCUCGGCUGCUGACCAGCGGCAUUGAUCGCCCCAAUUUGGAUUUGAGUGUGCGCCUGAAAAGCACGGCUAAGGGCACAUCAGCGAUUUGGUUGCAAUUGCAACCCUAUCUGAAUUGGGCUGUCACCCAAGGUGGAUCCACUAUUAUUUAUAGCAAUACCAUACGGAUGGUCGAGGAUAUAAGCAAAGUGUUGAUGGCAAAUGGCGUAUUCUGUCCCUGUUAUCAUAGCAAUCUUCCGAUGGAAAUACGUCGCCAAAAUCAGCAGGAUUUCACCAGCAACAAAAAAAGUGUUAUUGCUGCCACCACCGCCUUUGGCAUGGGCCUGGAUAAACAAGAUGUGUGCCUGAUUGUCCACUAUGGGGCACCCAGCGAUAUUGAGCGCUACUACCAGGAAAUUGGGCGUGCUGGACGCGACGGCCGGCAGGCCAAAUGUGUGCUCUUCUACAGUGACUCUGAUGCUAUGUUACACAGGAAGCUGCAGGACAUCAAUCACCUGACACCUGCACGCGGUCAAACCUUGCAAAUGUUUGCUAAACAAAUGGUAGAAUAUACACGAACAACCGAAUGCCGUCGUCGUUUCAUACUCGGCUAUUUUGACGAUCAGACAGCGUUGGCAGAGCUACAGCCGCGGCGCACUUGUUGCGACAAUUGUCGAAAGCGGAAUCAUAGCAUCAACUACCAGCGGUUCUACAAGGGUCUCAACGCAAACGGAGACCUCGAUGUUACCGCGGAUGCACUCUACAUAAUGACCAUGAUGCGUGAUGGAAAUGGUCGUAUCGGUUUGACCAAACUAAGCAGAGCACUGCGUGGAUCCCGCGACAAGACUUUACCGGAUGUCUGCAGGCUGCAUAGAUAUUUUGGUCGUUGCAGCGACAAGCCGGAGGCGUGGUUUAAAGUGUUAGCUGAACAUCUGGAGAGCAAAGGCUACAUACAAUACGAUUGGAAACAGAGUAGGGUCGCAAAUUUCACAUACAUUAUGCCCCAUGUCUCACUCAAGGGUUGCUGUUGGCUCGAUAAUGACAAUGACCAGCGAGAAGCCAUUGUCAUUGAGCCCUAUCCUGGGCUGGUCAAAUACCUAGUACCGAUUAACAGCGACAACACGAGCAGCUCUCCUAAAAAGGUUGUCAAAGCUACUCGAAAGACUGUGAUGACCAAACCGCCUGGGAUCAGUGAAAAACAGUGGAUACCUGUGGAAAAAGAAAUAUUAGAAAUUAUCGAGAAGAAUAGAUUAGUGAGUUCUAUAAAUAGCAAUCAUGCAUUCCCUAAACUUUAUCAGACAAAUCAACCGACAAAUGGCAGCUCAACAAAGCAGACAUCCUUAGAGUCCAGCAGGUGUGAAGCAUCUAAUUUAAUGCCCAUAAAGAAGGUAGAAAUUGAAGAAGAGCAUGAGGAAAUUAUGCCCUCACCUUCUAAACUAAGUCAGACAAAUCAACACACAACUGACGGAUCAAUAAAGCAUAUAUCCUUAGAGCCCGGCAAGGAUACAGAAUAUAAUCUGAUAUCUUUAGUGAAGGUGGAACUUGAAGAAAAGAACAAUGAAAUGAAGCUCUCUGCCCCUCCACCAAAUCGAAUAAGUCAUUUAACAAAGCAGACAUCCUUAGAGCCCAGCAGGUGUGAAGCAUCUAAGGUAGAAAUUGAAGAAGAGCAUGAGGAAAUUAUGCCCUCACCGUCUAAACUAAGUCGGACAAAUCAACACACAACUGACGGAUCAAUAAAGCAUAUAUCCUUAGAGCCCGGCAAGGAUACAGAAUAUAAUCUGAUAUCUUUAGUGAAGGUGGAACUUGAAGAAAAGAACAAUGAAAUGAAGCUCUCUGCCCCUCCACCAAAUCGAAUAAGUCAUUUAACAAAGCAGACAUCCUUAGAGCCCAGCAGGUGUGAAGCAUCUAAGGUAGAAAUUGAAGAAGAGCAUGAGGAAAUUAUGCCCUCACCGUCUAAACUAAGUCAGACAAAUCAACACACAACUGGCGGAUCACAAAAGCAGAUGUCAUUGGAACCCCACGGAAAUGACGAAUCUAAUGUGAUAUCUUUAGUGGACGUGGGCAUUAACGGACAGAACGAGGCAAUACCGCCCAAACCUUCGACACAAAAUCUGGCGAUUAAAUCGCCAACAUAUGCUCAGGCAGUGCAGGCGCUUUUUCGCUUUAGGAUGGAAUUGGCGCGCAAUUUGUUCCUAAUGCCCUCGAUGAUAGCCACAGACCUGGCUCUAACCCAACUGGCACUGGCCAGGCCCAGUAACAUGGACGAGUUGCGCGAUUGCCAACUUGAUGAAUAUUAUAAUUCCAAAUACGAACGUUAUGGUCCUGAAUUGCUUAAAUGUCUGAGGAGUCUGCAAGGAGCUGAUAAUGAUGAUAAGAACGAUGUAGAAUUGGAAGCGACAUCCAAGAAACGGCAACGUUUGGAUAGCGACGCUUCGAACGCGAGUUCCACUGACUCCAACGAAAUCGGGGGACGUCCUGAACCGACGUGGAACUGCUCUGAGGAAUGGGAUUGGGAAUGGAUCGAUGAAUCAUUGAAAGUUGAGCAGCAAUUCAAAACAAAAGACUUGCGGCCAGAAACUUCAGAUCUAUGGGGGUCGGACGGGGAAUCUGAUAAUGAUGUGGCACAAUUCGACAAUAUUAAACAGGAGCCCGUUAGUCCAAAGUGUUCACAUAAAUUGAAUUUUAAUCCCAUCGAUGUAGCAGUAACAGAUGAGAACCUUACCUCGACGCCGAUAAAGGAAGAAAGAUCCGACAGUGCAGAUCUUUGGGGCUCGGAUACAGAUGUUGAAUUUGAUUUUAAACAAAUAGAUGAAGCGGUCGCGCUCUCCCAAAACACAUCACCUGACACUCCAAGCACCUCUCAAUCAAAUGCCAAAAACAAGCAGCCAAGUCCAAAUACAUCUACCGAUGAGGGUGUAGAAGUCUCAUCUAAGAAUACCGAUCACCAGCGUUUACGUCGGGCUAGCACAGAUCUUUGGGUAUCUGAUGAUGAUUGGGAUGUUGAUUUCAAUGAAAUCGAUAACGCCAUUAUGAAAUCAACUUGUCCAGUGACCCAGUUAGACAUGCUUCUGCAUGAUUUCAACCAGAUAGUUAAGGAGGAAGGCAAAGCUACUUAGAGCUAAUUAAAAAAGCUUGUCCCACCACAUAGGACAUUUAUAAGCAUUUUAUUUGUAUGCUUCUAUUGCCAGUAAGUCCAUAAGUCUUCCCAUGUACAAGUAUAUAUCCUAUACUUGUAUGCUAAAUUAAGAAAUUAUCGUAUUUUUAGGAAAA